GAGGCGUAGCAUCAUAAGUUGCGGUUUGGUUUCACCUAACUGUGACUUUAAUUAUUAACUAUAAUUCCUGUCUAAUCAAGUCAAAUCUACUGGAGUUAACACAUGAAGAUACAUUUGUAUGCAUGAUCUUUUCUGUACUGUCACGGAUAUUGCGCGCCGUUAUUUCUUCCCCUGGAUUCUGGGAGUUGUGAAGAAAUGACAAGCAUAGUGCAAAAAAUUUUUUUUUCUUUUCCAGUUUGUACUUCUAAGUUUUUGUUGUUAGAGUCGUGAAAUAGACUGCGAAAUGUGACAAGAUGCGCGAAAGAAGAAAUUGAUAACUGAUGAAUUCAAAGAAAAGAUAUAUACGUGUGAAAGUAGCAUAAGUCUGUGACUUGCAGAAUUUUGUCGCCUGCUGGACUCUGAAAAAUGUUAAACGUUGUGACCAGACGACAUCAGAGAAGUUUGUUUGUUGGGGGAUGUUUUACCUUUUGCUUUUGUGUAUUGUUUUUGGAUAAGUAUUCAAGACUUGCUAAAGAUGCGGAGUAUGAAGUUGACUUUAGUGGAAGAGUUGAGAUAGAUCACUUUAGACAUUCAGAUGUCAAUGAAGUCAUAGCCCUUGGAUUAUCCAAGAAAGUCCGUAUUUUAUGCUGGAUCAUGACGUCACCACAAAACUUGGAUACGAAAGCAACCGCAGUGAAAAAUACAUGGGCAAAGCGCUGUAACAAAGCAUUGUUCUUCAGCAGUGAAACAAACGCUUCCUUUCCGACCAUCGGCCUUAAUACAACGGAGGGACGACAACAUUUAACGGCAAAGACAAUACAGGCGUUUAGCUAUUGCUACGAACAUUAUGGGGACCAGUUUGAUUGGUUUCUCAAAGCAGACGAUGAUACUUAUAUGAUCGUAGAGAAUUUACGAUAUUUUCUUUCUCAUCACGAUCCAAAUUCUUUGCAAUAUUUUGGGCACAAGUUUAAAGUGAUAGUGGAACAGGGGUAUUUCAGUGGAGGGGCGGGGUAUAUUUUAAGCAGGGAAGCCUUGAAGAAAUUUGUGACUAAAGGUCUCUCUGACUCUGUGAACUGUAGACAAGAUGGCGGGGCGGAAGACGCAGAAAUUGGUAAAUGUAUGCAACAUCUUGGCAUCAAGGCAGGAGAUUCGCUAGAUAUUUAUGGGAAGGAGACUUUUCAUCCAUUUAAUCCGAGUGCACAUUUAAGGGGUCUAUAUCCUGAAUGGUUUUACAACAACGCGGCAAGUUACCCUAAAAAGGGCCUUGGAUGCUGUAGUGACUACAGUAUAUCUUUCCAUUACAUGUCGCCUCCCGACAUGUACGUAAUGGAUUAUCUAAUUUACCACUUACGUCCGUACGGCAUCAUACAGGACGUACGCAAAACACGAUCAUUCAACAAAGAGGCCAGUUUCAAAUAGUCGUGCUGUUAUUUAAAUUCAAUUUUUCGUGUAUUUUCUAGAUAAAAGUAUUUCUGUUAAAACCGGAGCAGAGCUUCAAUAUCUUGGGAUUCCAUGUCCCAAAACAUUUUACUUGAUAUUCAGUAUCAAAAUACUUCACUUUAAAAUGUCGGUAAUCUAGCGUCAAAGCUCGGUGGGGUUCGAAAAGCGCGUUGUCAUUUGAAAAGCUCGGUGGGGUUCGAAACAUAUGGCAAAAUUUGACAUAUUUUGUUUCAUAUCUUUUUAACUUUCGUGUUGAAUACUUUUUACAUGUAGGAAAAAAUUCUUUUUAAUGAAUGAAAAAAAAAAUACUGGCUAGUCCUUACAGUUUGAUAUCUACAUAGAGCGAAUGUACUAACUUGUUCACUUGUUUCGAAUAGGAUUCUUUGAUUGAUAUACAUGUACAUCGCUUUUAUGACGUCUUUCACAGAAUGUAAAAUACUAAACAUCAACAACAGGAUGGUGCAUUCUUUUGUAAUAAAAGAACGAUCCCGGGGAUUCCGGUUGAUCGUAUCUGGACCAUUGGACAUUGUUAUGUUUAGAUUGAUUGUUUGGAAGAAGACAUCUCUUCUAUAAUUAUUUGUGUUCAUAUCAGUAUUGCCAUAUCGAUAAAUAUGAGGAUAGUUUUUAAAAAAAGCCUUGAUCAUACAGUUUAAAAGUACUUCAAAUUUCAAUCAAUCAUUUUUAUACUUUUUACUGAUAUUUUUUUGUUUCCAAUAUGCUGUUAUAAUUGUUCUUUGUUUUACCUGUUUUACAAUAAAA